AUGGCUUCAGACGAGAUGCUGCGGGAAGCAAAUGUAUACGAAGAAGGAUCCCUGUGACAGUACUGUGAAAGGGCUCAGGUCAAGGACGGACAGAAUGUCCUUGACCUUGGAUGUGGCUGGGGAUCUCUUACCCUGUUCAUUCGGGAGAAAUACCCUCGCUGUCACGUGACCUGUGUGUCAAUCUCCGCCACCCAGCGGCAGUUGAUCAAAUCAGAAGGGGGUCGGCGUGCCAGACUUGAGUGUAUUACGUGCGAUGUUUUCAACACAGCAAAGCGUUAUGAUCGUUUGAUCUCCACUGAAAUGUUCGAGCACAUGAAGAAUUACGAUCUGUUAAUGCAGAAAGUCUCGUCGUGGCUCAAACCAUCUGGCUGUCUGUUUAUCCAGUGUCUUUGUCAUCAACAAUUUCCGUACGCUUUUGACACAAAAUCCGGUUCAAACACGGAAUGGGUGGCCAAGAAUUUCUUCUCUAGAGGGACAAUGCCUUCAGCCGAUCUCCUUCUUUAAUUCCAGAUUAGUAAUUUGAUGCUUUUUUUCGCUUAA